UGGAGCGUGACAAGUGACCAUCUCGUUGGAGAGGCAAGAAAUCAAAAGGGAUAUUGCUUGCCAGGUCAUGGCUUGCCCUGCCUUGUCAUAAGAAUUAAUUCCCUCCGCUUCCACAACUGCAAGCUUCGUUGAAUUUGAGUCUAUCGUUUUAGCACCGCAGCUUUUGGCCAUUUAUCACAGGGAUCAAGCGCGUGGGCAUAACAUACAGAAGCUGAGAUGGCAAUCAGAGAGGACGUGGAGGGUGGUGUCCAGGAGGAAAUUACAGAUCCACUGAUUACGGAACCCAAGCUCGUGGCUAAUGAAGAUAGGAGUGAGACUGCGCCUGCAAGCAGUGGGCAACCAUGGAUGGUGUACUUAGCUACCAUUGUCGCAGUCUGUGGCUCCUACGAAUUUGGAGCCUGUGCCGGUUAUUCAUCGCCUGUUCAAGACGAGAUCAUAGAGGAUCUCAAUCUGUCUUUGGCAGAGUAUUCACUGUUCGGCUCCAUCUUGACUUUCGGUGCGAUGAUUGGUGCAAUUACUAGUGGGCCCGUUGCUGAUUUUAUUGGACGUAAAGGGGCAAUGAGAACGUCAAGUGCAUUCUGUAUUGCGGGGUGGCUUGCCAUUUACUUCUCUGAGGGGCCAUGGCCACUGGAUAUCGGGAGGCUGGCAACAGGAUAUGGAAUGGGAGUAUUUUCCUACGUGGUACCGGUUUUCAUAGCAGAAAUUGCUCCCAAAGAACUCCGAGGAAGGCUCACUACUCUAAAUCAGUUCAUGAUUGUCACAGCAGUAUCUGUGUCGUUUAUUAUUGGAACAGUAAUUUCAUGGAGGGCUUUAGCAUUAACUGGCCUAAUUCCCUGUGCUAUACUGCUUUUUGGUCUCUUCUUUAUUCCGGAGUCUCCUAGAUGGCUGGCAAAGAAAGGACGAGAAAACGAUUUUGUGUCGGCACUUAAAAUCUUUCGCUGCAAGGAUGCUGAUAUAUCUGCAGAGGCAGAAGAAAUUCAGGAUUACAUAACAACUCUAGAUCGACUCCCAAAACCCAAGCUGCUGGAAUUGUUUCAGAGUAGAUACUUGCGUUCGGUCACUAUAGGAAUCGGGCUAAUGGUCUGCCAACAAUUUGGGGGAAUCAAUGGAGUUUGCUUUUAUGUCAGCAGUAUUUUCGAAUUAGCAGGAUUUUCUUCUAGCAUUGGGUCUAUAACAUAUGCUGUUCUUCAGGUUGUGGUUACUGGCAUUGGAGCCGCCUUGAUAGAUAAAACUGGAAGGAAGCCCCUGCUAUUGGUUUCUGGAUCAGGAUUGGUCGCAGGUUGUAUAAUCACUGCAGUUGCAUUCUAUUUUAAGGUUCAUGAUGUGUUCCUUGACACGGUCCCAGCACUUGCUGUAACGGGCAUACUGGUUUAUAUAGCAUCAUUUUCCGUGGGAAUGGGAGCAAUUCCUUGGGUUAUAAUGUCAGAGAUAUUUCCUAUUAACAUCAAAGGACAGGCGGGAAGCCUAGCCACAUUAACAAACUGGUUUGGUGCAUGGUUGUGUUCUUAUAGUUUCAACUUUCUAAUGAGUUGGAGCUCCUAUGGUACCUUCCUCCUUUAUGCUGCAAUCAAUGCACUGGCUGUGUUAUUUAUAGUUGUGGAAGUACCGGAAACUAAAGGAAAAAGUCUGGAACAAUUACAAUCAGCCAUCAACAAGUAGGAAGUUGGAAUCUUGCAGUAAAAAAUAUUCCCUGAUGGGGUUGAAAAAAGAAUGAUAAUUCCUACCAUGUCUUCGCCUCUAUAUUCAAGUAUUCCCCCCAAAAAAAAAAAAAAAAAAAUUCAUCUCAUGUUGUAAAAAAUCGAGGGCUCUUUAGAUAUUUUAUGUAAGUUUUAUUUAGACAUUAGGGAGCUCUAAGACAAUCAUAUUUGAUUUUUUUUCCCCUUGCUGCGGUCUAUUGUAAUAAUUUAAAGAAUUGAUUCAAACAGAACAUUAAGCAACUUCAUGCAAUUA